ACAACCCUUACUUACAAGCCAUAUAUAUAAAUAUGUCAUCUCUCAUUGCUCUCAAACACACACAACACAACACAACACAAAAUGGAUCACAAGAGGAGUAUGUUGAAGAACAAGAAGAGCAAGCAAUCACUCAAAGUAGUAUACAUCUCCAGCCCCAUCAAAGUCACCACCAGCGCCGCCAGGUUCCGGGCGUUGGUGCAGCAGCUCACCGGAAAAAACUCCGACAUCGCUCCCUACAUGGAUUCCGACGGCGGCGCCCUCGUCGACUACCGCGACCACGAUGGCACGCUGCUCCCGGACUGCCCUCCAUCCUCUCUCUCCAAUUCCGACACGUCGGAUUCUCUGCACGGGGCUGUCGAUCACAAUGUCUUCGCUUCCCAAUUCUCCGGGUUUUUCUCGCCGGAGAUGGCCGACGUCUUAGGGACCUAUCAUGACUUGAUCAUCUGAAACUUUUCUCUCUCUCUUUUUUUUUCUGUCUCUGGGAGUAGAAAAAUAUGUGUUCGCUUAGACUAGUGAUUAUGUAGCUAAUGUUAGAUGCUUGCAAUUAAUUAAGGUGUGUUCAAUCAAUUAGUUGGCGUCUAA